UUUCUGCAAAAAAAAGGAAAAGAAAUGGCUAUUGUAGUUGCAAUGAAACAUCUUAUUGUUGUAUGGGUUAUCUUCUGGACAUGUGCAUACAGAGUCAUGUCUCGAACCUUGUAUGAGUCUUCUGUUGCCAAAGCACACGAGGAAUGGAUGUUCAAAUACGAACGGUCCUAUGCUGAUGACGCAGAGAAGGAUAAACGCUUCAAAAUAUUUAUGGAGAAUUUGGAAUACAUUGAGAAAUUCAACAAUGAUGAAAACAAGAGGUACAAAUUAGGACUGAAUCAAUUUUCUGAUUUAACUGAGCAAGAGUUUAUAGCUUCACAUACUGGACUCAAGAUUCCAAGUGGACUACAUUCAUCGUCAGUCACACUCUUGAACCUGACUGAUAUUCCAACAAGCUUGAACUGGAAAGAUAAAGGAGCUGUCACCGAUAUUAAGGAUCAACGAGAUUGUGGAAGUUGUUGGGCCUUUUCAGCUGUGGCAGCUGUAGAAGGCAUUUACCAAAUCAAAACAAACAAUUUGAUCUCCUUGUCGGAGCAACAACUAGUGGACUGUGAUAACAGUAAUAAUGGGUGUGAUGGAGGAUCCAAAGAAAGGGCCUUCAACUAUAUCAAAGAAAACGGGGGAAUUGCUACCGAAAGCGACUACUCAUACCAGGGAAUUGCAGGAACUUGCGAGAGUGAAAUGAAAUUAUCUGCUGUCAAAAUAAAUGGUUUUCAAAGAGUAGCCGCAAACAGUGAGGAGCAACUACUACAAGCUGUGGCCAACCAACCAGUGUCUAUUUCUGUUGAUGCCAAUCGUAAUUUUCAUUCAUACAAAGAAGGAAUAUUUGAAGGACCAUGUGGAACCGUUCAUAACCAUGCAGUUACUAUAAUUGGUUAUGGAACAAAUAAAGAGGGCACCAAGUACUGGUUGGUUAAGAAUUCAUGGGGUGAGACUUGGGGAGAGAAUGGUUACAUGAAGUUGCUGAGGGAUAGUGAUCAACCUGAAGGUCUGCGUGGCCUAGCUAUGCAUGCUUCUUAUCCAACUAUUGAUAUGUAGUUUAUAGAAUUCGUUCCUUGUGCGCUGUUAUAGUACCAUUGUAGUAAUUUAUUUUAAGCAUCUCGUCUUUGUCUCCAAUCUAGAGUACCAACGUAUCGUUUCUCAUAUUUACUAUUUAGGUUUUGUCUCUCUAUUUCGUCAUGUACCGAGUUAUUAUUGA